GCAAAUGUACAGAAAGCCAGUUUGUGUUGCCUGAGGCAUAGAUUUCCAUACAGUUAUUCUGCUGUCGAGUUCCGCUUGAAUGGACUAAACCGAAUUUAAUAAAAGAAUCAGAACUUUUUCCUUCUUUGCCGGCAUGAUCUGGUUAGCAGGCAGAAGAAGAUUUAAACACAAAGCUGCUCCCUAAAAGGUUUUCCGAGCUCGCGCUGAUUGUACAUCCUGUGAGACACUUUGGAUGAUGUCACGGACACCCAGUAUGACCAAAUAAGGGAAGUGACACAUGAAACUUGUGUUUAAUACAGACAGUUUUCAGCAAUAGUGAGCAGCAAAGCGUUUCCAAGAGGACAGACAGAUACCGACACAACGGCUGCUGCUCUGUAAACGUCCGUCUGGAAGCGACCUCAGCCCGGCUGCUUCGGGUUACCUUCAGGGUGUUGAAGAAGAAACAGUUCCGCCUUCAGAAGCUGCUUAAGGCUGAGGGAGAAAGACCAGAAAGAAGAGGGAAGAGCCUAGAACACGAGCUGUCUGAACAGUUCUGACUCAAACGAGAUCCUAAACUGGACAGCCGGACUUCAGGAGGACUUUGGUACCCAAUUGUGGUUCUGUCUGGUAAAAACACGUCGUUGGGGAGAAAAAAAUGCGCUCGAUAAGUUUGAGUUUGAAACUGCGGCCAUAAAGUGUUCGUGUCUGCAGCUCCAGCUAACCCUUACAGGCGGUGGUACUUUGGGCUUUCUUGGUCGGACCUGCUUUUUAACACUCGAAACAAGUUUCCCGGUUCAGGAAUGAGUGGAGAAGAGGAGAGAUUCAAACUGGUGGUGGUGGGAGGAGGUGGAGUGGGGAAGAGUGCCCUGACCAUCCAGUUCAUCCAGUCCUACUUUGUGUCGGACUACGACCCCACCAUUGAGGACUCCUACACCAAGGUCUGCACUGUGGAUGGGAAGGAAACUCGGCUGGACAUUCUGGAUACAGCAGGCCAGGAGGAGUUUGGUGCAAUGAGGGAGCAAUACAUGCGCUCUGGAGAGGGCUUCUUGCUGGUGUUUGCUCUCAACGACCGGGGCAGUUUUCAUGAGGUCCAAAAGUUCCACACCCAGAUCCUGAGAGUAAAGGACCGAGACGACUUUCCUAUGGUGCUGGUUGGAAACAAGGCAGACCUGGAGCAGCAAAGAGUGAUCUCCAGGGAGGAUGCUCAGGCGUUUGCCAGAGAGAACCGGAUCCACUACAUGGAGGCUUCUGCAAAGAAUCGCUACAAUGUGGAUGAAGCUUUCAUAGAGCUGGUGCAAAUUAUCAGACGGUUUCAGGAGAUGGAGAGUCCUCCUCCUCCAACCCAACAAACAGGGAAACGGAAAAGCCGUGGUUGUCCCUGUGUCAUCCUGUAGACACCGUUACUAUGGACACCAAACCCUCAUCCCAUCUGAGCUUGUACAAAGAAGUGUGUGCAUGGAUGUGUGUGUCAGAGAGAAUGACCAAUAUGGUGUAUCCACCAACCUUCCAGAACAUUUUACUUGCAAUUUGCCGAAACCUGUUUUUUAUUUAGCAUAUUUUUUGUUUUCAUGAGAGGGAUUGUGAAGAGAAGGCUGUUGACAGCAGCAGUUAGAAAAACAGGAAAUUAAACUUGUGAUCACAUCAGAGCCUGUUGGACAAAGGAUGUGCUGCUCAAAGCAGCAACAGCUGUCUCAUCACUCAGUUACUGACUGCCAUUUUAAAAGCACAUGAAGAAUUCAUUUCCAGAUUCUGGGUGUCCAGAUGCAGUGAGUGUGUCAGAAAACAUUUCACAUGCUUGUGUAAUGUGGCACGCCCAAAACUUCAUUCAUUAGUGUUCUGUCAUUUCCCAUGACUGCCUGAGGAGGGCAGCAGAGCCUGACAGCAAGAACAACAUGCCUGCUUCAUGUUAUGCUUCCUCAAGUUUUGGGUUGUGCUUACAGUCUGGGCCCUCAUCGUUGAUGGCCGUAACGGCCUAGACUGGACACAACCAUAAAUACUGAGGCUUCUCAGGCCUGAUCGCAACAGUAUUUGAGCUGGUGCCUUGGCAAUGAGUUUAGUGCUUUAGUGGGAAAAAGUGUUAUGAAAGGUUACAUGAACUUCCACUGGAUACAGUAUUUCUUAACAGCAAAACAUUUUCCUUUAUUUGCACAUUUAAAGCAUGUUUAAGGUAUGUUUGUGUCGACCUCCGUUUCCACUGCACCCUUACCAGUGUAAAAGCAUAUUAUCAGGCUGGGAACUUACCACAGAACACAGCCAUGGAGAGGCAGUAUUUUAGAAACUACCCAGAACCGUUACGCUGGAGCUUAGAGAGGGGUACUUAGCAUAUUGUCUGGAAAAACACUCAGCAUUAUGUUUCAGUCAUUCCUCUGUUAGGUUUUAAAUCACACAUCUCUGAAAAGAGGAAGUCAAUAGCUGACAAUACAUUAGGGUUUAAAACAGUUUGUUAGUGUUUAACUAAAUGUAUGUUCCAAGACACAAACAAAAAACUCCUGAACAAUGUGCAUUACUUACAUGCAUAAUCACAAUCCUAAGGCAUUUUAUUAACGUUUCAGAGUGUAACUGCUGUGAACAAUCAGAGCUUAUGGCUGUAGAACUCCAGGUGUAACUCCUGAUCAGAGCUCCUGUUCAUCUCUUUUCUGCAACGAUUCAUCUGCUAUAGUUUUAAUGCUGAAAAUCACUGCUUCUUAUUUUCACCUGGGCAGUCUUGUCUCAUCUCUUCCUCACGCAUCUCGGCAACACUCAUCAGCUAGCAGCAGGCUGCACAGGAGCAACCUUCUCAGCAUUAUGUUAAACAGCAGAAGCAGUAGCAACAUAAACAACCAACAGCCCAGGAGAAGAGCAAUUUGGUUCCUGCUGAUAAAGGUUCAGAGUAACAAUACAAACACCUCUAGUCAUUCUAAGCAGUGGAUGAGCUGUUUUGUAUGCAUAUAUACUUCCUACAUUAUGUUUUCUUUGGUAAUAGGGGAACUGCUUUGUUGUUUUUUUCUGUGAACAUGAUCACCCUGAAAUAUUACGGUACAGACAGCCCACGUUGUAUUCUAAUAAGUAAUUAGCUUAAACUUAUUGUAAUGAGCUUUGUGAGCUGCUUGACUGCAUUGUGUUUGUAGUCUCCAUGUCCAAAUGAAUAGGGUUGGUUCACUAGUCAUUAUGUGACUCAUUCCUGUUAUUCAGUCUGGUUUCCAAGGCUGGGGCGGUUUCAAACUCACAUGAUGACAGCAGAACCAUCUCAUGUCCAACCCAAAGAAGUGAUGUAUUGCUUCACCUGAAGCUCCAACUGGGAUCACUUGUGGUUGUGAUUGCUGCUCACACUUUGUGUCCUGAAGUGGAAACAAUCUGUUAUCUUUAUGUGCCAAUAUAGUCAGGAUAUUAUAUAUUGUCAGCACUCUCAGGAGAUCAGAUUGACCAAAGGCUGAUCUAUAUUUAGAUCAGCCUUUGGAUAAUCAGUCCAUGUUGAACAGACAUGUUUAGGCACUUUUUCAGCUUUUUAUUUGACCACAACAUGGAGUCAUAUGACCUCACGUAGCAGAUAAUGCACUUUCCAAUUGUUCACAAUUCAAAGUGCCACUGUUCAUUUCUAUCAUUAUCUGUCCUUAGAGUUUUCAUAUUUAUAUAUAUAUAUAUAUAUGAUAACCAAUUCACAUAAUCAAUUUUCUAUUAAAAAAUCUUACAUGUUUAAACAUCAAUAAAACAUUUCUAAGAACA